AUGAGUGAUGCCUUGAGGGCGUCUAUUGCUGCAGCUACUACUGCUGCUUAUCGAUUUCACAGUGACAGUAACGAAACUAAUGCCUCUUCGUUGGAUAUUCAUUUAGGGAAAUUAGUACAGUUAACGAAUAUUUUGGAUUCAUCGGCCAGAUUGAACAUACAUGAUCGUCAAUUAUGUGAGCUACUUCGACAUUGUUCAUUACUACUGAAUGGUAUUUCCACAUCGCCAAUUACUCGUUCCCGUUUGCAUCUCUUUCUUUUCAAUUUAGCUUUUUACAAUAUCUCAAUCAGAAAGUAUCUGGCGGGUGAAGAUUUACAAAUUUGUGGAUCAGUUUUUGAAUGCCUAAAAUUGUCGCUGCGAGAUCAGCUUGGCCCACAGAAUCUUAUCGACGUAUUGCGAUUACUUCAGGUACUCACUUAUGAACGAAAUGUAGUGCUUGGAAUAUGGACGAAUGAUCUUAUUUCAUUUCUUUUAAGCGAAGUAACUUGUGAUGAUGAGCCGGAAUGGCUUCCUUACUGUAUGGCCAUACUAUGUAAUCUGGCUGCUCGAUCAAAAUCUGCUUGCUUAAGAAUACGAAAAUCGUCAUCCUAUAAAGCCUUUACCCACAAACUGCUGAAGCUAUUAGCUCAUGAUUCGCGAACUGUGGUUAUUUCAUCUCUCGUACUUGUCGGUUUUCUGGAGGAAAAACUUCGUGACACGGUAUUUUGUGCUCGAAACAUUCCUCAGACUUUCCGGUGUGUUUUCAACGUUUUAAUUUUGGGAGACCAUCUCAUGACUCGGCACAUUGCUGUUGAUUUACUGAAGCGAUUGAUCAUUAACAACUCUUCUAGUGUGUCAUCACUUCCAACAAUUACAUCUACAGGCAAAGACCUCGCUUCCUAUCCAUAUUUCGAAAACACGAUUCAACUUGUUGCAGGCCUUUUUGUAUACGAUCUAUUUUUGUCAUUUUGUUCGAUAGCACAGUUACGAUCAGCAAUUACCCAAGCUGUUUUGCGAUGCCCAUCAUACGAAGAGAGGCUAACAACGCCAGUUCUAGCUAUUUGCAACACAUCUGGUCUAUCCUUCGAUGAAGCCAUUCAGCCUGAAAUCCCCUUGAAGGCCAUACGUCUUCUCAUUCAUUUGCUUCAGGAACUGAUCGAAAACAACGGCCAUGUACAAGAUGUUUUGCCUACUGAACAUAUUUUACGACUUAUCGAAAUUAACACAAAGACAGCGAUUGAAACAGUCAGCAGCUUUAUAAAAUUCCAAUGCCAAAAAAUAACCGAAGGGUUGCGUCUUGCUGAAACGGUUUUAAAUGAUGAUGAAAUGAAAACUGAUUUAUUGGAAGUUAUUACUGCCCCGCUUUGCUCUCACAUUAUUGAAUCGCAAAUGAUCUCAAAUACUGUUGUUAUCUACGUAGGACAACCUGCAAUGCAGCGUGGUGGAUCUUUGCCUGAAUGGUGCGUUGAUGGCGUGGCAGUCGUUUUGAAAUUACUAAGAGUUUUGACCAUGCUGAAGGAUUAUUCAAAGUCGCACAAAGAUUUGUAUUGGAAAAUACUAAAGGACGAUCGUCUAGUGCCAUUUAUCGCAUAUGCAGUCGCUGACGGCGGUGCCGACUUGGCGCAUGAAGCUUUACUUCUUUACAUGCAUUGCGCACAAAAUCACACUUUCUCUACAAAAUGUAGCUCCUCCGAAGUUGUUUUAAAUGGUGAUUCUGAUGGUUUUUCAAUGGAUGGUGGGAAAAUAUUCAGUGAUCAUUUGACACAAAAAAGUGAAACUGCAAAGCAAGUCGAUGAUCUAACAAAUAAGCUACAGCAAGGAGAUCCCAAAGAUCCUCGAAUAUCUCAAUUAUUAAGUAUGUAUGAGAAGGAAGUACAAACUUUAAAGAUUCGAGAAAGAGAAUUGGAAGGGAUGAUGGCAAGAAUGGAAGAUUCAUUGCGUCUUAAUGAACAUCUUCAAAAUCGUAACAAGGAAGAUAUUGAAAACGAAGUAACAAAUCUUCGGAAAUUGGUUGCUGAUUGCGAAAAAAAGAUCGAGGGUCUGAAUGCGCUUUUAAUUUCUCUCAAUUCAGAGAAAAAAGAAGUGGAAGAAGCGUGUGAGGCUUAUAAGAAAAUAGUGGAAGAUAAGAAAAUGGAGGUGGCUCUACUCAAUGACGAGCUUGAAAAAAUGACGCAAGAAAAAAAUAUUUUGCAAGAAGAAAAUAAAAGUGAAAGAGAGCUUGCUACACUAACAAAGAGCCGUUAUGACGAGCUGAAGAAAAAAUUUGCUCAAGCAUCAAAUGCGUUGAUUGAUAAGGACAAGGAAUGUAUUCAACUCACCAAUGAAUUUAAAAUCUUGGAACUAAAUUUAGUAGCAAAAAAAGCCGAAAACAAUGAGAUGGCUGAGAAUUUGAAGCAUACGCAGAGAAAACUGGAGGAGAUAACGAACGCCAAAGAAUCUGAAGUGAAACGUUUGCAGAAUGUGCUAGAUGAGAAAAGUGGAGAAAUCGAACGUCUUAACAAGGAGUUACAAAAGGUCUUAAAGUUCAAAAAUCAAAUGAUGCAGAUGAUGAAUGAGAUUUGA